GCCUGACGAGUCAGGCUCAGUCGAGAAUCAGCGCGCGAACGAGGAAGAGCUCACAUCUAGCUGCUCCCUGCUGACGCCACGCUACUCGACACAACACUGAAACACUCCUCUAGGAUAUAUAAACUCUCAAGUGCCUCCCUGUCUACUGCUUAGUGAAUCACUUAGUACAACGUUUACUCACAUCACCACGCCACGCCACCCAAGUUUGAUAAUCAGAGAGGUUUGUCACGCGUGGAGCCCGCAGUAAGUACUGACUUGGGCCGACCUCAUUUCUCUACAAAUCGCUCACAAAGAAUCAGUAACACGGCGACUCUUGCGGGAAACUGGCAACAAUGGCGGAGAAAAGUAAAUUCAAUAUCACCUUCGACGACCGAGAUCUGGAGGACCAGCAGGACUGUGAGGCCGUGGAGGUGAGGGAACCUGCCGACCACGCUCGACAGAAGUGGAGUCGCCCCAUCGAGUUCAUCCUCUCGUCCCUCAGCUACGCCGUUGGUCUCGGCAACAUAUGGCGCUUCCCCUACCUCUGCUACAGAAAUGGUGGCGGGGCCUUCCUGAUCCCAUACACCAUCAUGUUGUUGGUGUGUGGGUUGCCUCUCAUGUUCUUCGAGUUAUGUCUGGGUCAGUUUGGACGUGAGGGCCCCAUCACUGUGUGGAAAAUAUGUCCUCUCUUUACUGGUAUUGGUUACGCUAUGUUCAUGAUCAGCUUCUACAUCGGGUGCUACUAUAACGUGGUGCUGUCAUGGGCCAUCUACUACAUCUACUCUUCCUUCACUCAUACCUUGCCGUGGACUUCCUGUGAGAAUGACUGGAGCUCUGAAUUCUGCAAACAGUACAGUUCACGUAAUUGUACGCUCAGCGGUGGACUGAUGAACUUGACUGGGACGUGUAUCUACCCCAACAUGACCACUGAUGAAGAAUGGCAGUCACUGAACAAGUCUGUCAGCUUCCUCAAGAGCCCUGCUGAUGAGUACUUCCAUAACCACGUGCUGGACAUCUCUGACGGUCUUCAUGACAUUGGAGGCUUUCAGGGAAAUAUCGUCCUCUCUCUGCUCAUUGCCUGGAUCAUCGUGUACCUGGUGCUCAUCAAGGGAGUCGAAACUUUUGGCAAGGCUGUUUACUUCACUGCAACAUUCCCAUACCUGAUCCUGAUCGUGCUACUGGUGCGAGCUGCCACACUCCCAGGUUACAUGGAUGGUAUUGCCUUCUACCUCACUCCUGACUGGGACAAAGUCUUUAAAGCAAGUGUGUGGGGUGAUGCAGCCAUCCAGAUCUUCUUCAGUUUGUCACCGUGUUGGGGCGGUCUUAUUACCCUUGCGUCUUACAACAAUUUCAACAACAACUGCUAUAGAGAUGCCAUCGUGGUGUCCCUGGGUAACUGCCUCACCAGCUUCUUCUCUGGAUUCGUGAUCUUUGGCAUCAUUGGCUUUAUGGCUCACGAACUGGGCUUGCCCGUUGACAAGGUGGCAGCAGAGGGAGCGGGCCUGGCGUUCGUGGCUUACCCCGAGGCCGUGGCCCGCCUACCUCUGUCGCCGGUGUGGUCCAUGUUGUUCUUCGCCAUGUUGCUGACUCUGGGUCUUGGCACGCAGUUUACUAUCCUAACCACCAUCAUCACCACCAUUACUGAUGACUUCCCAGCCCUGCGCGGCAAGAACUUCAAGUGGGUCCUCCUAGUUGCCUGUGGCGCCAUGUACUGUGUGGGGCUCUCUAUGGCAACCAAGGGUGGAAUGUACGUCCUGCAGAUGAUGGACUCUUACUCUUCCACGUUCUCGGCUCUCAUGGUCGGCAUGGCCGAGGUUACGGUGGUGACAUGGAUCUACGGUGUUGACAACUUCUUGGAGGACAUCAAAAAGAUGUUAGGGUUCUACCCAUACCCAAGAAUAUUUUGGAAGUACAUAUGGAAGUUUGGUAUGCCUCUGGUGGUGACGACUAUUUUGAUCUUCUCUUGGAUUGACUAUGUUCCGGCAAGAUACGGAGAUUAUCAGUUUCCAGUAUGGGCCAAUGUUGUUGGCUGGAUGCUGUCUUUCUCAUCAGUGACUCUUAUACCUAUUGUGGCAAUCUAUAAGAUCCUGUGGGAGAAGGGCCCACUGGUCAAGCGGUUGAAGAAGCUGAUUCAGCCUCUGCCAGAGUGGGCUCCUCCUUCAGAAGUUUACAUCAGACCUAAUGAUUCAUUUGGUGCCAAACCUCUCCUUAAAGUGACUUCUUUUGAUGAAGAUACCGUGAACAAAAUGUAAAAAUACAGUAUAUAUAUACAGUAUAUAUAUAUAUAUAUAUAUAUAUAUAUAUAUAUAUAUAUAUAUAUAUAUAUAUAUAUAUAUAUAUAUAUAUAUAUAUAUAUAUAUAUAUAUAUAUAUAUAUAUAUAUAUAUAUAUAUAUAUAUAUAUAUAUAUAUAUAUAUAUAUUGUUCCAGCAAAUGCACUUCUGUUGAAAAGAAUUAUUAGAACAUUAUGCCUGGAAAAUUCCUUGAACACUAUCAGCUCUGUAGAAGACACUAUGUACUGUAUGGAGCUGUGGUGCAAGUCUCUUAGUGAUCUUAUUUUAUACUGUUUUAGUUUACACUGAUUCAUUUGUGAAGAUAAUUGAUUACUGUACUGUUAUGUGACUUACAGACAACCAUGGGCAUUUUUUCUCUUCAGUUAGAGAAAGCACCAAAGAGUAGAGAUGUGUGUGUGUGUGUGUGUGCACAGUACACAUGGUACAAGAUGUAGGCUGGUGUUCCUGGGCUGUAUCCUAAAGUACAGCAAACUUACAAAUUAAUUUAGUAAUUAUCACUAUGCUGUAUAUGUUAUAUGUCUACUGUCCUUGUGUAGUCGUUAAUAGUAUAAAUACAAUACACAUGUAUGAGGCAGAUACUAUUUAGUUUGGUCUUGUAUCUUUGGUCAAAUAAGUUAUAAGGCAACCUGAAAGUUAACAUUAAAAUACGAUGACACAAGUAAAGUUAAAACUGACUCAUAGUUUAAGCUUUGCAUUAGGCAUUAAUUUGUGUGGGGAACACAAUAAUUGCUUAUAACUCCAUUAACUAAAUAUUAAGUUGCAGCUUGAAGAAAUAAAACAUAAAUUCUCACCUUUUCUCUGAUACAGAUUUAAUGUUUUCCUGUAAGUUUUAGUCCUAUAAAGGUAAAUCUUAUUGCCGAUACAAAACAAGUCAAUCGUAUAUUCUCAUCAGUGUUAUAUUUAAUUCAAUAAAAGGUUUGCUUUACAUUAAUCCUAAUGCUGCUAGAUUUUAAAAACAAUUUAUUAUUUUAAAUGUAAAAGGAAUAUAAACCAAGGAUAAAAUGCUAGUAAGGAUAGUUCACCAAGCACUUGUUUUUACCAUAAUACACAGCUUGGUAACGUCACCGAUGUAAACGUGCAUCAUCUGGUGACCUCCGAGUGUGCCCGCAUCUUCUUUGCGACCAGUGUAUCAACAAUAUACGGGUACACCAGCAUAACUCAAAUCCCAAGCAAUGGAACACAUCAAGUAUUACAGAUUUCCCAGAGAUAAGAAAACUUGUGAUAAAUGGAUAAAUGCCUACAAGUGUUCUGAUAAAAUUAACACCACAUUAGGCGAGCCAAGAACUUUAUUGAAGAGAGUUCACAUUUCUUUGGUAUCUCCUUAAUUCUGGAAUGUCUGCCAAUAUCCAGGUAUCUACAAGAAGGUGAGAGAAACUUGCUCUAUUUUCUUAAGUACAGUAGUAUACAUUGUAAGGCAAUAUCCAGUUGUCAAGAGUACUCUCAAACAUUCACCUUGCCAUGUCUGGCAAAAGGAAAAUCUUUAUAUUGCUAAUAAGCUAAAAAAAAUUUGUUGCUUUGUCCAUGUCAUUAGCAAAAUGCAUCCCCCCUCCCCCCCAGGUGUUUUCUUGUAAUAUUUUGCUUUUUUUUUUUCCUAUAUCACUUAUUUUUUGGAGGAUUAUAAGAUCAUAAGGCAUUCAUUUUGUUAUACCUGUCCACAGCCUUAACCUUACAAGCAUUCUCAAAAAAUUAAACAAUCAAAUAUCAACCAAGGCAAGGUCGUCACCAACUGGUCACCAGAUGAUGUGCAUUGCUCGCAUGACGUCAUUGAACAGGGCGGAGCUAAAGUUUAUGAUGUUACAGCGGUCUGCCCUUCCUGUUUUUAGUCCUUGAUAUAAACCACAUAUAUACUAUAGUUUAAGAGACACUGCACCCUUUGUUGCCAUUAAGUAACAUUAAUUAUCAUUUUAUAAUUUGACAAUGAACGCUGUUUAAAUCUAUGUAAGACAAAAUAAAGGAGGAACUGAAGUAGCUACGAUGGACAUACUGUAGAGGUCACAAGAUAUUUCAACUCACUUUGGUUAAUAUUCAGAUCAAAUGACAUGAUCUUUUUUCUCAAAAAACAAAUUUUCUAUUCGAGUUUACUCAAGAUUCACGUCACAGAAACAUGGUUAACAACACCAACACUCACUGUGUGAAGAAAAUAGUUAUUCAGUGUUGGGGAGUGAAUGAGGUGUUGAGUGGUGCAGUACUUGUGAGUGUCAGAGUACAGUAAUGGUGAAGAUAAUUUAUAAAGGUUGAGGUUGGUGGUUGUUUGUCCUGGAUUAGUGAUGUUAUCCAGUUAUAAUAGGAAGAGAAGUACAACUCAAGGUAAGACUUAGAGUUAAACCAAGUCUGUCUUAACUAACUGGAUGAACAAAACAAUUGGCAGUGAUCAUGAGACGACAGGGCCGGGCUUCCCAGGUGCCGUACUCAUGAAUUACAACAGACAAACACAUCCACAUGCUGAUCCAUAAUUAUUCAGUUUGACACUAGAAGUUUUGCUGAGCCACUCAAAAGGUUGCAGACUCAAGCAUCCAGUUAAAUGAUGAAUAAAUGUUCUCAGGUGUACUUAUUCCCAGAACUUAUGAUUAUUGUAAUUUUAACACGCAUGUUUAAAGUUGUGAACAAGUUUAGGUACUUAGAAGUAAUGUUUAAUUAUGGAAGCAAUUGAGAAAGAGAGUAACGCAAGGAAGAGGUGAUAUCUAAGUCUUUGAAAAUUUUUGUUUUAUUUUUAAAAUCAAUUUUUUGGUGAGCAAUCAACAAAAAUUCCAUUUGUAAAUAAGGUAAUUUUGCUAAUAAAGUUAGAAGGACUGAUGAACUGUGCCCCUGUGAUGUUACUUUCAGUCUUGUUAACAGUAGGAGAGAUGAUCCUCUUGUUGUCCCACACACGUGACACACACACUACUGUAUUACCAAGAUUUUCAUAUUUGAUAAACUCUUUUUCCAUCUUUUGAUUUAUUUUACUGUUAUUGUACAGUACAGUACUUGCUGACCUAAUGCAAAUGGUUAGUAAGUUGGGUUCAGGUUGUCUUCAUCAGCAGUUCUUAAACCAAUUGUGAUAUGGAUUUUAAUUUUGAAUCACCUAUUACGGCUUUCAUAUUAAGUCAAAAUGGUUAUUUUUUCAUGUAAAAUAAAGCAAUUAGACUUUUAUGCAAAGAACUAAUGUACUUAUAUUUUAUGUAAAUAACAUACAGUACACAUAUUUCUUAACAACAGUCAAGUAGAUUCUCCUGAUGGUCUGUAUCCUUCAAUGAAAGACUAAUGUCAAGGGGUAAAUGUUCAGGUAAUGUGAAUGACUGGUAAAACUUGUGGUUAAUGAGGAAGAUGGAUAAAGUUCGUUAAAACAGCAACAAUCAUAAUUAUGAAUUGGUUCAGAAUUAUGUGAUGCAACUGUGUCAGCUUCUCGAAAGUUCUUUCAAUCAGUCAGUGAAGAUUGUUAGCCAUAAGCUACUGACACCACACCACACCACCCUACCCUACCCUACCAAUUGCUGGUGUGUAAUUUAUUAAAAAAAUUUACACACAGCAAGUGUAAUAUUUUUCCAUACAGUAAUUUAUCUCUUGUUCCCCUCUUUGUAUUUUAUAAAUUCCUCCUUCAGCAUCCCACUGUAACUCACUCAGUAAUGUACACACACCAACAGCUGUUCUUCACUACUAUAGUGUGAUUUUAUACCUGUAGCAAAACUCUUUUACAAAUAUUUUGAAUACUUCUUGAAUUCCCACAAUUGUGAAUGUAAAUAAUACGUACAGUAAAUAUAUAUUAUUACAUAUCUAGGGUAGAAACAGUAUCUCAUGUUCUGCUGCAUUAAAAAAGAGAGAGAGAGAGAGUGUGUGUGUGUGCAUGUGCGUGUGCACGUGUGUGUGUGUGCGUGUGUGACUUUUUUUUUAAUGCAACAUAAACAUGAUAGUGUAACACGAGUUGUUGUAGACUGAGGUGGCUAAUACAACUGAUGCCUUGUAUGCCACCACCUUUUACUUAGAUAAUAAACUAUUGUAUAUUGCUAUGUAUAUAGAAGCAAAGAUAUUUGUAAGUUUAGGAAGAUGCAGUAGUGUUCGUUGCUCAGUAUGUGUUUUAUGACAAACUGUCAUCGUGACUUUUGGGAUCAUGUGAGGAACAACCUUACCCAACUAAGUCACAUGUGUGAGUUACUGAAUCAUGUACAGUACUACUUUAUGUAACUCAUGGACUGUCAGUUACUGAAUCAUGUACAGUACAACCAUAUUUAACUCAUGGACUGAGUUACUGAAUCAUGUACAGUACUACUUUAUGUAACUCAUGGACUGUGAGUUACUGAAUCAUGUACAGUACUACUUUAUGUAACUCAUGGACUGUGAGUUACUGAAUCAUGUACAGUACAGUACUACCUUAUGUAACUGAGUUAUGGUACAUGUUACGUACUACCUUAUAUAAUUAAUAUGCAUAUGUGACAUGAGAUCAACUCGUAUACUACCAUAUGUAACUUAUAUAUGUGGCUUGAAUCAUGUGAAAUACUACCUUAUAUAAGUGAUGUGUAAGACAUAUCAGGCUCUGAAAUGCUGUACUGGGCUGUAUUUUACGGUCAACAUUUGAGUAUAAAGUUGUUAUAUUUCUCGCUAAAUAUUGGGGGUCACAUUUCUCAUCAAUAUUGAGAGAAGAGAUACAGACACAAGUACUGUGCUCAUACUUUCUUCCCCUGUAACCUUGACUGUGACGAGGUAAGUGAUACAUAACCUCUUAAUGUUAGUGGCAGUCACUAAUAAUGUUUCAAACAAAACCACUAGUUGCUCCUGUAAUGUUUCUCCUGUUGUACCCACUAAACUAAUUUCAUGCAUUAAAGGGUAUGGAAAAUUUCUAUGGUAUGUGUGUUGUGUAUAUAUUUUUUUUGUAACAUCGGUAAAGUUUUGUGGCCAAGGAUAGUGUAAGACCGUGCUCUUGUUAACUCUCACAUUAAAUAUAUUACUUAUUUCAUUUGAAAGACAUACUAUAUAUUUCCUGCACAUUUCACAACUGUACUCUAUUUCCAUUUUAUGUUUUGAUGUUGUGUUAUUAUUCAUUAUUUCACCCUUUAUAUUAUUGUACAGUAAAGUCUGCAACAUUUGGUACAUUAUUUUGCCCAAAAAUUAACAACUAAAAUUUUGAGAACCAACUUGAAUUUCUGAAGAUUUUCUCACAAGCUCCGAGACCAUUGACAGUACUUUGUCAGCACCAUUGAUGGCAUGUUAAUGUGGGUGAAUGGAUGUGUGUUUGUGUUGUGCAUGUGACCAUUAUGUAAAUAAUCUUAAAAUAAAGUAUCAGAGAGAAAAUCAAUACAUAUGAGAUAAAGUUCAAUGUGUAAGAGCUCAUCUUUACCACUAGCAGCAAAACAUUCAGAAUCUAUUUGCAAUUGAGUAAUGAGGUCAACAUUAAUGUGGCAACAUUCUGUACUUAACUCAGUCUGAAACUUUGAGCUUUUCUUCUUGAAAGAUCAAUUGGCUCCACUGUGGUGCAUGACACAUGUUCUUAUCAAUAAUGUACAGUACAAUAAUGUUUGAUGAACUGUCACUAAGAGUAUUAAGUAAAACUGUAUUAGUUUAGUGAGGUAUUCUUGAUGGAGGAACUGAUUACACUGUGGAGCAGCCAACUGUGUUUGAAUACUUUCUUCUUGGAUGGUAUAUGAGCACUUUCUUGAUAUUGUUAUAAACAUAGAUUAUAUGAUGUAAAUAAAAGCAUUUAUUCACAUGUCUAAGUAUAUAUCUUGUUUGUCUUGGAGUUAGGGAUGUGUUUUCACUCUUCAUCUUAAAGGAUUCUAAAGGAUGCAGUCAUGGAUCUCUCCUAUUACUUGUGUCCAAGAGGAUCAUUUUCCUGUAGUUUCAUCUGGAAAUUAAAAAACUUAGUUUAUUUUCCUAAUUCUGUCUAUUCAACUGUUUUAUGAUUCAGAAAGUUUCACCAAGCACUAGAAGACAAUAUUGAGGCUCCGCACAUCAUAACUUCAUUUUGAUUCACCUAAACGGUUCUCAAGUUGAAGCUAUAACAUCUUCACAAACUCAACACCGAGAACAUGGCGUCAUUUUUCAAGGGCACAACUGUAGUGGAAAUUCACCAAACCUGUUAAAAGCUUUUGCUGCACUAAUUUAUCACCGUUUAUAUGAAUACAUCUGAGUGCUAACAGGUGAUUAUCCAAGGUAUGAACAGUCAAAAUGUUGACAGACAGAAUGGCAUCUCUUCUGAAUUGUGCCAAUAUUCCUGCCUUUCUCAGACAUGAAUUUCACCUCAACCUGUACUGUAUUCAGAAACAAAGUCUCUUUCUCUCUUCUUAUCUUGCUUAAGAUAACAAUAAAAGUUGUACAUAUUGUAUACUUACUGGAAACUGUAUAUUGUGGUGUGAAAACACAAAUAAAAAAUGCAAAACAA